CCAACACCAUACCCCAACCAGGCCAUGCGGAAGAGAUUGUAUAGUCAUUCAAAAGGCAAUGUCGGAGCUGUCAGUUUGAACCUUCUUUACCAGGCUACGGACCAACGCCAUUAUGACUUCUCGCUUCUUUGGAAUAAACACGAUUCGCGGUGACGAUAUUAAUUGCUGCCGCAAAAGAUCGUGGGUCUACUUCUGUUGCUUCCAAAGACAAAUAUUGUUGGAAUACAUCGCAGAUAGGAAGCAACUCAGGGUAGUGUUGGAUUAUUGGAGGCAGAUAUAGUACACUUCCCUUUGUACCCUUUGCUCCUGAUACUCAAGAUUGCCUAAACCACCCUUUUAUCACGCACUAUUGCACUUACCAAAGCCCAAGUACCAAGGCUCGAGACCUACCCUUGAAAAUAUCAACAUGGCCUCUUCAACUUUCGACAUCAUCAUUGUAGGAGGCGGAACAGCCGGCUGCGUGCUCGCAAACAGACUCUCAGAGAAUGAGCAUUACCGCAUCCUCCUUAUAGAAUCAGGAGAAGACCUGACGAAUGACCCUCGAACCAAUGUCCCUCACUGGGCCCGCUUCUCAUGGCUACAGAUGCCAACUGGGGCUUUACGACAGUUCCCCAGGUAAGCGAGUCCUAUUUCCAAGCAAAUCUACGGUUACGCUGCUAAUGAGUUCAAAGUCCAAUCUCGGAAAUCGCACUAAUAUGGUGCCUGCUGGUCGUUUACUUGGAGGAUCAAGCGCUAUCAACGGUUUCGCCUUUCUUCCGAAUUCCAAGUUAAGCAUUGAGACCUGGGCCAAUCUUGGUAAUCCAGGUUGGGACGAGGAAGCCUUCUCUAGAUCUGUAGGACGAUUCAGUCUAGCCACAUCCCAAUUCGCCAAGAAUCCCACCAAAAGCCCUCUCCAGAUCACUAUUCGAGAAGAGGAUACAGAGUGGCCGCGUGUAUGGAGGGAAACACUUGCGACACUUGGAUUUCCGCUUGCUCAAGAUACAUUAACCUCUGGUAACAUCCUGGGAAGCGUAAUGGGAGGGGAAACAAUCGGGCUGGACAAGAAGAGAAGCUAUUCGGCUAAGGCGUACUUAAACACAAAUCGGUCAAAAGCCAAUCUCACAAUUUGGACAAAAGUCACUGCAGAACAAAUUUUCUUCAAAAACAACGAUUCUGGUGUCCCCACUGCAGUUUGGGUUACGAUUCGCAACAGCGAUACUGGGACUUCGAAGUCGGUCUUCGCAGAUAAGUGAGUCAUUCUGAGUAGUGGAGCGAUCAAUUCUCCGCGGUUACUGGAGCUGUCCGGCGUUGGUAACCCAAAGAUCCUCGACCCGCUUGGAAUAGAUGUCGUUGUAAACAAUCCCAACGUCGGCGAGCACUUGCAAAACCAUCCACUUGUAACUGUUACCUUCGAAGGACGCGAUGAGGAAGGAUUCGAUACAAUAGACCAGAUACUGCGCAAAGAUAAAGAGGCUCUCUCAAAGGCAGGAGCGGCAUAUGCAAAAGGCUUUGGACCAGGAGCCAAAAGCAAUUUGAAUGUCCUCGCUCAACUACCAGUUGAAAUAGACAACCAGCUAAAGGAGGCUUCGGAUAUCAUGCUGCCGCAGUAUCCAGAUCCAUCGACAUCUCUAAUCAAAACACACGAAUCAUUCGUCAGAGCCGUCAUUACUUCCCCAGAAGAAGCCUCCGGAUGUUACAUGACCGCACCAGGUUUCCUGUGCCUCUCGGGAGCUGGAUCCUUCGUCCCUUCCAAUCCAGGGACAGAGAAAUACUUCACAAUAGGCAUCCACCUCGCACAUCCACUCUCUCGCGGCUCGGUCCACAUCAAGUCAUCCUCAACGCCACUUUCCCCGACAGACAUAUCUAUCGAUCCAAAUUUCUUUUCACACCCCCUCGAUAUUGAGAUACUUGCCCGGCACGUUCAGCUAUCAGAGAAGAUCGCCAUGACGGAGCCUCUCUCACGCCAUCUGAAACUAGACGGGAAACGCGGCCCUGGUAUGCCGAAAGCUGGGGGAUUUGCCGACAUCACGGUUGCGAAGGAGUAUGUUUUGGAUAGGGCUGCAGGUGCUCACCAUUGA